CUUCAGCGGUUUAUAUUUUUUCAAUUUUGCAUAAGAUAAUAAUUUUUUGUCAAGGCGGAGGAUAAAUAAGAUGGAACUAACUAAAGAAGAAGCGGUUGAUUUCUUGAAAAAUAUUGUAAAUCUUGAAUCAGACUUUGAGAAUCUAAAAUUAGAUUUGACUUUUCUUAAUAACAUCAUUUCUAGUAUUCUGGAAACUUUACCAUUUCAAAAUAUAACAUUGAUGGCGAACGAGGUGAAAGACAGAAGUCGUCCGGAUUGGCCAGAGGUGAAGGAGGCCAUGUUGAAAAAACAUGGCGGACUGUGUUACCCGAUGAAUUUGUUUCUGUAUCGUCUGUUAGAAGCGUUGGGAUAUUCCGUUACUAUUGCUCAUUCUACUGUCACGUCUGCACCAAAACUGUACACAAACGACCAUAUAGUGGUGUUUGUCCACGAUGUCGUAAAUAAAGGAGACCAAUUUUUGGCAGAAGUCGGAUUUAGUUGUCCUACAUUUCAGGCUGUGGACAUGAAUUUUGAAUCUGAAUCUAAAGUGUACAAACAUCCCAGUGGAACUUUUAAAUAUUCGAAGAAAGGCGAGAAGGGUAUAAUGUUUUAUCUGGACACUGAUAAACAAACAUGGCAUGAAAUGUGUGUAUUCAAUCUAACUGGUACCAAGGAGGUGAAAGAUUGCGAGCCGUUCUAUGACGAGAUAUUCUCUAACCCAGACAUCGGAAUAUUUCAUACAAUUCUCCGUAUAGUAGCUUACCCCAACAAACGUCAAGUAUCAAUCACCAAUAACACCUUGAAGACCGAAGAUGAAAAUGGCGAACUCUCGGUUGUCAAAUUAACUAACGAUGACGAACAUGUAGAAGCUUUUAAAAAAUAUUUUCCACAAUUUAGCGAAGAUAUUGUUCGACAAGCCUUGGACCAUUGGCAUCAGUUUCAGAAUGCACAAACUAAUCCGGGCAAAUAGCAUUCUCAAAAACUAUUCCUAAUAGCAAAUGUAUUGCUCAAAUCCAUAUGAAUAUGGUUUGCUUUUCAAUGCUAGCUUAGUUGAUUAAUUGUUAUUAUUUUAUAUUUUGUAUUUUUUGCAAUUAACUGGAGAAUUGUCUGACAAGUGCUUGUUCUAUUAUAAAUCAUCGAUAACUCUUACUAGAUUAAAAUGUUAUCGAAUAGUUUUUUUAAUUAUUUUUAAUUCUUGCAUAUUUAUAAAACUAUGAUAAUAAAAUAUUUUCUCAUC